AUGUCAUUAUUCAUCAAUGAUGAUGAUAAUGAUGAUGAUGAGGGAAUCUUUAAUUAUGAUAUACAUUUUGAAUCACCAAAUAAAAAGCAAAAAGUAACUUUAGAAGAAGCUGAUUUUGAUAUUGAUACUGAAAAUCUCAACGAUUCAGAUUUUGAAGAUGUUAAUUUAGAUGGUCAAGAAAAUCAACCUCAAGAGUUUACUAUCAAUUUACUGCUUCAUAAACAAAAGCUUAAACAUUUGAUACAACAAAAGAAGCAAAGAGUUAGUUUGCAAUAUCUAAGUAUGAUAUCUUAUAUAUUACAUGCAAAAUUUCGAAAUAAUCUAUUAUCCGAUAGAAAGGUAUUAAAAGUUUUAAGAAAGAUGGUACCUGAUUCAUUCAAUAAACAUUAUAAAAAAUUCAAGAAGAAUGGUAAUGAUGAGUUGUUAGUGUAUUUAAUUAAAUAUCUAAUCAAAUGGUUUAGAAAAAAUUUUAAACACGAUUCGAAUGGAAUAAGAGUGCUAGGUUACCAACGAACUGCUGGGGAGUAUCCAAAUAAUGCGAAACAUAUAAACAAUGUAUCUGAUUUAAUAUCCAUUAUUAAGAAAUUUCAACAUAAUAGAGAUACUGGAGCUCAAAUUUUUACUGCAGUAUUGAGAAGUUUAGGUUUUGAAGCUAGAUUGGUUUUCUCCCUACCCUUGCUAUCAAUGAGUAGGACCACGAAGACUCAGCCAAAACUAGAUGCCUCAAUUUUAAAAGCAAAUAAAGACAAUGAUUUAUUAUAUCCGUAUUUUUGGACUGAAUUAAUUAAUCCUUUGGAUCAUUCUGAACUUUUUGUUGUAGAAACUCAAUGUUUCUUUGAAACCGAAAAACACUUAAUUAGAUUGAAGAGAUUCAAUUCAAAAAAAAACUUGUAUACACCAGAAUAUUAUCCUAAUUUAAAUCAAUUUUGUCAAAUGUCGAUGCAUUAUGUUUUAGCCUUUAAUAAUGAUAAUUUAAUUAUAGAUGUUAGUCCAAGAUAUAUGAAGAAUAUUGCAUACCGAUACUUUAAGUUAUUAGAUUUGAGAACUGAUCUUGGUAAAAGCUCUCUUUUAUUACAAUCUUUAAUUAGAAUUAUGAAUAGACGGCGACAUUACACAAAUGAUGAUUAUAUGGAACUAACAGCUUUACUAAAUAUCUCAAUGAAUAAUGUUACAAUUCCAGAGACAUAUUCUGCAAUGAAAAAAAGUUUGAAUUUUGCAACACAAGAUUCCUUACGCUCAAAUGAAGUUAUACCCUCAGGGAUUGAACCUUUAAAGAUUAUUAAAUUCAAUAAUAGAUCACAACCAGUUUAUUUUAAAGAUGUUGUCAUAACAGGUAAAUCAGAGCAGCAAUGGAAAUUUUUGGGACGAUCGAUAAAACCGCACGAAAUUGGAAAACCUAUUAAAUCAAUUAUAGCUUCGCCCAGAACCAUUAACAAUAGAAGAAUUUUUAAUCAAAACCAGCUUGAAGAUCCAAAUUUAAAUUACAUUCAGCUUUAUAGUUUUAGUCAAACUUGUCCAUAUAUUAAACCGAGAGUAGAUGGUGCUAUAAUUCCAAGAAAUAGAUAUGGUAAUAUUGAAAUUUUUCGUGAUACUAUGAUUCCCGAAAAAUGUAUUUGGUUACAAUUGUCAGAUAUAGAGAAUAUUUUAAAGUUCAAAUUUCAGUAUGUUCCAGUUGUUGUGGGAUUUAUCUUUAAAGAGAAUCGAGCUAUACCAAAAAAAAGCGGAGUUUUGAUUUUAAAAUCUGAUGAAAUUGAAGUGAAAAAAUUUUGGUUAACUGAAAGAAUCAAACAGUGUAAGCUAGAAGCUUUGGAAAAGAAUAUCCAUCUAUUAAAUAUGUGGUACAAGUUUAUUAAAACACUUCGUGUUAAAAAACAUCUAGACAAUAAUUUUGGUUAUGUAUGA